GCGAAGUGUUUGAUGCCGCGGCCCGCGAAUUUCUUCGUAUCUUCUUGCGGUCGCUGGCUGCUGCGCUUCCCAAGUCAGCAUACCCUGUCACCGCAUUGGCCCGUGCCUCCUUCGCCGCGGCGCAGCGCGCCGUGCGCUUGUCGCCUCAGCCCGGGCUGCGUUCGGAGGCCGAGCACUUCCGGUUCUUUCCGACCAAGCUCGCGCCCGGCCCCGAUGUGCAGCUGCCCCGCUUGGCGCUGACUCUGCCGCGCUUCACCGGGUUGGAUGCACACGACGUUCCUCCACCUGUGGAAGAUUUUGUGGGACGAGGUUCCACCAUGGCAGCCGUGGCCAAUGCUUUCUUGGGUCAUCGUCGGGUUGUCUGGCUUCACGGCAAGGCUGGCAUCGGCAAGUCUGCUUUCAUCUCCGAAUUCUGCCGCUUCUAUUCGCUGCCGGGGGACAGGCUCUUCUCGCCCAGUGCUCUGCGGCUUUGCCGCAACCGAGAACUUCCCUCCGAGGCAGAGGCGGCUGCUGGUGGCUGCGCUGCGUUGAAAUGCGGGGCAGUGCGGCUGCGCCUGUCAGGGCUCGAUCCCACGGCUGCAGUGGCCAAGCUCCGUGAAACUCUGGCAGGAAACCGUUGCCUCUUUCUAGCUCUCGACGGAGUUGAGAAGAGCUUUGGAUCUUCCAAUCCGGCUGCAGCUGAGUUGUGGGCUUUCCUGGAAGAGACUCUCGUGGAGAGUCCUGGGCUGCGCGUCCUCCUCGCCUCCCAGUGCCCGCGGUAUGAUGCACCGCUCUCCGGAAAGGUUGUUGCGGUGGAGCUUCCGCCACUGGGUCGCGAGGACGCCUGCUUGCUGCUCGCGCGGCGUUCCCACCGUCCGUUAUACCCACGGGAUCUUGAUGGACCAUCCGUCCGCGGGACGACGGGUGAAUUGCCACUGGCCCUGGCCGGGCGCCGCCGUGAAUUCUUGCAGCGACUGGCUGGCCAUCCGCUGAUGCUAAAGAUGGGCGACACACCCGCAGAAGUGAUUGCAGCUGCCGCGCAGAUUACUCCGCAACUCCCAUCGCUCUUCCAGCAUCCACUUCUACAGGAUUGUCCGCUCACUUCCUCUGACGAGCCCAACAAUCCGUUACCUUCUGCGCCCACAUGA